AUGAAUUUAUCCGUUGAUAGUAUUGAUUCUAUUGAUUCUGUUGAAAGAAGGGAUAGUGCUAUAAGUGAUAUAACUGUUAACGAUAGUAAGGAUAAUUUACCCUUUGAAAAAAAAUCAGAACCCAUUUUCAAUGCUGGCAUUGAUAAAGAUUUCAUAAAGAAAUUUAAUAGUAAAUGUAGACAUUAUAAUGAUAAUGUUAUAAUACUAAAUCUUGAACAAUCAAUUGAAUUAAUAAAUUAUUAUUAUAGUUCAAAUAAUGAAUUAGAUUCUACAACUUCGAUGUUUCCUUAUUUACAUGGAUUAACUAAUUCAAGACAAAGGAUUUUCUUCAACAAACAGUUUAAGAAUUUGAACAAUGAUAGUUUUGAUUUAAAUCAAUAUAAGAAAUAUGAUUUUGAAGAAGAAUUGAAAUUGAAACAAUUCCAUUUAAUGAUAUUGAAUAGUCAAGAUGAAGAUUUCAGAUUAACUAAUUCCAUUGACUAUAAGAAAGUUCUUUCAACUAUUGAUACCACUAUACAAUCUGAUGGAGAUUUAAAUAAUCGUAAUUUCAAAGAACAAUUGAAUCUUUAUGGUAGAAUAUCCCAAUUCGUUAUCUACAAUAAUCAUUGUCAAUUUGAUAUAAAUUUAAAAGCCGCACUUGAAAUAUCACUUCAAUAUCCUAGCCAAAAAGUUUACAUAAUGGAUUUUAACUUUAAGAUGUGGAAGAAUUUCCCCAUGGAAUAUUUGAAUGAAUAUAAUUUCGAAAAAAUAUCAAAUUUACCCAUCAAUUCAGUGAAUAAUAAAGUUUUCAAUUGUAAAUUAUUGAAAUGGGAACAAAACCUUUUAUGGAAGUUUAAUUCCAUGAAAUGGUUAAAUAAGAAUAUUUGCUUAGGUAAUUUGAUUGAUUUCAAUUAUAUAAAUAAUCUCCCAAAGAAUGAUUUUGAUUUGAUCAUCAAUUGUAAUGAAUUUUGUUCAAUACCUAAAGUUUUAGAUAGUAAUUAUAUUGAAUUCCCCAGUUCAGGUUACUUAGAUUUUAAUCAUUGUAAUUUGAAUGAUUUGAUCAAUUAUUUGAAUUUCUUGAAGUUGAUUGAAAAAUUAGUCCAUGAAAAUAAGAACAUUUUCAUCUUUUCCUUCGAUGGAUUUACUGGUUUGACUUUGUUAACCUUAUCAAUAAGUUUAAUUUUGGGUGAGGGUCAUUUGGAAGAUUUGAUUUUACAACUUUAUGAAAGAAAUGAUUACAUUAAAUUGUAUUAUUUCAAAAAUGAUUUGGUAUUCUUGAAAAAAUUUGAAAAAUUCAUCUUUUAUGGUAAGAAUAACUUCAAAAUUGGUGAAAAAUUGAACUUUAUCAAUUAUAAUCAUUUACCCAUAACUAAAAUCAAUAACAAGGUUGAUUGGUUCAAUUAUAACAAAGAUAAUAACUUCCCUUGUAAGAUAUUCAAGAAUUUAUAUUUAGGAUCGUUGAAUCAUGCUAAUUCUGAGAUCAUUUUAAAGACCAUGAAAUUUAAUAGAAUCAUUUCCAUCGGGGAAAAACCUAAAUGGGUUAACUAUGAAAAGAAAAAUCUAUUAUUUUCUUAUCUUAAUGAACAAGAUGAAGUCAUUGAAAUAUUUGAACUUAAAAUCAAAGACCCUGAAUUACCUCAUUUGAAACUGGUUAUCUUCAUCAACAAUUUGAAAGAUGAUGGUAAAGAUGGAAUUUAUGAAUUACUUAUGACAGUUCCAAAACAUAUCCAAUCGAAAUAUCUUAUAAAUCCUAAUGAUUUAACUAAAACUUUAUUCCAUUGUAGAAUUGGAGUGUCAAGGUCAGCUUCUUUAGUAAUAGCAUGUUUGAUGAAAUAUCAGAAAUUAUCCUUGAUAGAAAGUUAUAUGAUUGUAAGAAUUAACAGGUUUAAUAUUAUAAUCCAACCUAACUUAAGAAUCUUUUAUGAUUUAUAUUUAUAUGAUGAUCACUUAAGUGACAGAAGAUUACAUACUUGGUAUAGCUUAUGUGAUGAAAUUUAUAAAUUGAAUAGAAAUUAUAUAGGUUAA